AUGGUUGAGCUCGAAUCUUUGGCAAUUUACUGGGCUGUGCGAAAGUGCCACCUCUACUUGGCUGGCGUUAGUUUUCGCGUGGUUACAGACCACAAACCCCUCGUUCCUAUUUUUAACAGGCAAUCUCUCCCCGAAAUCGAAAAUCCCCGCGUUCUCAAUUAUCGAAGUCGUCUCAUAGGUUACAAUUUCGUGGUGGAAUGGAAGCAGGGCAUUGACCAUGCUAUCACAGACGCAUUUUCUCGCGCUCCUGUGUCUAAUUCGCACUCAGACCCUGAUGACUUGGAAGAUCCCGUCAAUUAUGUCAUUGCUUCCCUUAAAUCGAAUCACCCAGACUUGAUGUUAGAAGAGAUUAUUCGGAUCUCCAAAGAUGAUCAAUCCUAUUCAGAGCUCAAGUCAGCAAUACUUUCCAAUUCGGUAAAGUCGGCCGAGUCUGGAUAUGUGGCUCAAUUCAAAAAGAUUGCGUGUGAGCUUUCUGUGGAGGAAGAGUUGAUUCUGCGAGGCAAAAGAAUUGUGAUCCCACCCUCGGGUGUGAAGGACAUUCUUCAAAAACUCCACUCCAGUCAUCAAGGCGUGGAGAAAACGAAGAGAAGGGCCCGUCAAAUCGUGUAUUGGCCAAGCUAUUCCUCGGACAUCGCCAAUACAGUUGCUGCCUGUCCUCAUUGCCUUUACUUCCGCCCCUCCCACGUCCAAGAACCAUUGAUUCAGGAUGCCCCACCUUCUCGUCCUUUCCAGGUGGUGACCGCCGACUUAUUUACCUAUGAGAAGAAUGAGUACUUGGUCUAUAGUGAUCGCCUUUCCAAUUAUCCGUUGGUGGUGAAGUAUACCGUGGCCCCAAGUGCUUCUUCUCUAAUCAAAGAUUUCGUAAGGUUCUUUGCCUUGUUCGGCGUCCCCAACACUCUGAGGACCUAUAAUGGUCCACAAUUUGCUUCGAAUCUAUUUAGCCAAUUCUUGACCAAAUGGGGCGUGUCCUGGAAGUCUUCCUCGCCGUAUUACCCGCAAAGUAAUGGUCAUGCGGAGGUGAUGGUCAAAUCUAUGAAGUAUAUCUUGGCCAAAACGGGAGGAGACGUGAAUUCCGAAGCAUUUAUGGAGGGACUUCUGGAAUAUCGAAAUACCCCAUUGAGCGACGGUCUUUCCCCGGCACAACGAGUAUUUGGGCGUCCGUUACGGUCCAGACUCCCUACCCACGAAGAUGUUUUGCUUCCCAAGUCGUCCGAGAUUUUAGACCACGCAAAGGCCAAACGCGAGAAGGUUGAUCAGUGUCGCAAGGCCAAUUAUGAUGCAUCAUCCAAGGCGUUGAAUCCUUUGCCAAUUGGACUCAGCGUUGCCGUUCAAAACCCCCAGAGCCAUCGUUGGGAUAAAACGGCAACAAUUAUCAAGACAUACCAUCGUCGAUAUCUCCUGCAAUUCGCCAACGGAAAUAAAUCUUGGCGAAAUCGUCGUUUCCUUCGAGACUCCAAUAUCGUCACUGCCCAUGAGGCAUAA